AAUGGUAGCCUUUAAAUGAGCAAUCGCAUCCAUUGGCAAAAGCAAAGUCUGUGGCUGAACAUGCUUUUAUAUCGUAGUGAGGUGCUAGCUAUAGUAAACACGUAAAUAUUCUGCGGUGUUUUGCUGUCUGAAAAUGGAUUUUUGGUGGUUUAGCUGAUCAAGAUGUUACAGAUGAUUUGUAGAAAUGGAAAGGAGAUUGAUUAUUAUCAAAAUUCUCGUCUUUAUCGUGGUACCAACUUUUCAGAUCAUUACAUUCAAAUCAGAGCCACAAGAUGAUGUUGUUAAAACUGGUGACCAACUUCGUUUGCCCUGCCAUGCUGUAACUACUACAUUAAAUGGAAAUCUGAUUACGACUUGGAGUAAAGAUGGCAGCUGGAUAACUGACUAUCAAAACAAACAUUUUAAGUUAGAAGCAGAUGGAAGUUUAUUUUUUCUUUCUUUUCUACCAUCCGACGAAGGGGUGUACCAAUGCUCAGCUGUUGUGUUGGUGCAAGGUGUAAACACAGAGCAAAAACAGAGCAGGACUGCAAGAAUAAAACUUGCUUUCAUUGGUUCUAAAUUCCUUCAUUCCACUAAAGCUGUUGCCGCUAAGAUUGGAAGCACAGUUUAUUUGCAAUGUAUGUCGCCAGAGAGUCUUCCUGUUCCUUUGUUGUUCUGGCAAAAAGAAGACAAGAAUAUAUCUGGUUAUGCCAGCCAAGUUGUCAACUUUCGAAUAUCUAGCACAUUGACUUUAUCUAAUAUUUCUUUUGAUGAUAUUGGCUUAUACAAAUGUCUUGCAUACAACCCCAUGUUAACUAGUAUUGUCAUUGAGAGUAAGGAUAUUGUUGUCACAAUAAAAGCUGAUCAACUUGCUCCAUAUUUUUACGUAAAGCCCAAAUUAGUUGUAGCAACACGCUUUCUACCAACACAGAUCAAUUGUAGAAUAUUGGGCUCUCCAUUACCUGAAAUAUCAUGGUUUAAAAACAACAUAAAACUGAAAAAUGGCACUCUGCAUCGUAUUCUAACAAAUGGAUCAUUAUUUAUUCCAAGUGUAAGAAGAAAUGAUUCAGGCAGGUACAAAUGUUCUGGAAGCAACAAGCAUGGUACCAUUCUUUCACCCUCUGUGCCUUUAAUAGUUGCAUAUAUUGAUUAUGACUUUAUUGUGAAUCCAACUAAUGCGGUUGUGAUAUCAGGAAAUGCAUUUACUCUGAAUUGUUUUCCUCCAGCUAGCUACCCAGCUAAUCCUGACAUUAUUUGGUUUUUUAACUACAAGAAAAUAGAAAUAAACAAUAAUAGAAAUAAGUUAUAUGUAAAUGGGAGUCUUGUUACUUUGGGAACAAGCAUAAAGGAUCAGGGGAAAUACCACUGUGAGGCUGUUAACAAAUUGACGAAUGAAGUCCGAACAUCUCGAAAAGCUUUUAUUAAUAUUUUAGUUCCACCUAAGAUGCACAUUCACAAAUCAAACAUCUCUAUCCUAUCUGGCAAUAUAUUGCAUAUAAAAUGUAACGCAACUGGAAUUCCUCAACCAAACAUCACAAUACACAAAUAUGAUGCAUGUACAAACAAGACAAUAACACUUUCUUAUAAUGGCAGCCUAGUUGUGUAUUUAGUAAAAAAAUCAAUGAAGGGUAUAUAUACAUGUAAAGCCAAAAAUGCUGCAGGUUGUCUAGAAAAAAAUAUUUUUGUUGAUGUGCUGUCUGGUCCUGAGAUUGUAACAACACCAACAAAUUUUACAGUAAAAUCUGGUAUGGAAACAAUCAUCAUGUGCAGAUUUAAUGGCAAUCCUAUGCCAAGCACCCAUUGGAACUUUGUAGGUUUUGAUGGUUAUGAAAGUAAUAUUAGCCAGUCAGAAAACUUUAAAUUUGUUUUUAAUGGAUUGCAAAUUAAAAAAGUUAAAAAGCAAAAUGAAGGUUGGUAUACAUGUAUUGGAAGAAACCAAGUUGGUAUGAUAAAUAAAAGAGCAUUUCUCCAUGUUUUGGUGCCUCCUGAAAAUUAUGUUUUUAACACCGUGGUUACAGCUAACAACACAGAGAAUGCCUUAUUCACAUGUAAUUCUGUUGGUGAUCCAUUUGUCAGUAUCUAUUGGUUGAGAGCUAACCAAGUGAUUUAUAACAGUGGAAAAUUUCAAACAAUUUUAACAAGCAAAAAAGUUCGAAAUUUGUAUCACACAACAAGUCAAAUGACGAUUCAGAAAGUUUCUUUAUAUGAUGCUGGGAUGUAUAUGUGUGUAUCACAAAAUAAUGUUGGGAAUAUGUCCAGUACAAUUAGUCUCACAGUGCAAGUGCCACCAAGUAUAAAAUCAUUCACUCUUCCUGGUUUCUUAAUGCUUGGUCAAACUUUAACAAUUCUUUGCCAAGGGUUUGGAAUACCAACACCUGUUGUUAUCUUAAAACAAAAUGGUACCAUCAUCUACUCUGAACAUCAUCCACAAAAACAUAAUAUUACUCUGAAGCUAACUGUUCAUAAACUAUCUUCAAUACAUAGUGGAAAUUAUUCUUGUAGUAUGAGAAACCAACUUGGUUCAGUAGAGCAACAAAAAUAUGUGGUUAUUAAAGUGCUGCCACAUGCACCCACAUUGAGUUUUCUGGAUGUUAUUUCUCUGUCGUCUAUAAAAGUAUCUUGGCAGCCAAAUUUUGAUGGCUAUUCUCCUAUUCACUUGUAUAAUCUACAAAUUAAAGAAAGUAAACAUGGAGCAUGGUUUGAUGUGGAUGGAAACAUCUCUUCACAAAAAAAAGUAUUUAUUGUCCAUCAAUUGAAGCCAUACACCCUUUAUUAUACCCGACUACGGGCAAAGAAUGCUGUUGGAUUUAGCAAUUUCAGUUUGGUACAUCAAGCGAGGACACUACAAGGAGCCCCGUCACAACCACUGAAUAUCACUGUCAUGUAUAAAAAUGCAACAUCAAUUAGGCUGACAUGGUUUCCUCCUGCUCGUUGUAACGGUAUAAUUUUGUGGUAUCAAAUCAUGACUACUACUGCUACUCUCAAUGUGAGUGGAAACCACAUGGAUGGUAUCGUCAACAACUUGACACCAUACACAGAGUAUGUCUUCAAAAUAAGAGGUGUGACAGGCUCAGUUGAUGCAUGGCUUUAUGGAAAUUUUUCAUCAAUUGGUCCCAUGAAAACAGAUGAAGCUUUACCUGUUGCUAUCCUUAGCCCACCACAAGCUAAAGAUAUCACAACGAACAGCUUCAAAAUAAUAUUUUCUUCUCCUCCACAAAAAGAAAUGAAUGGAUUAUUAUUAGGUUACAAAAUCAGUCUUUUCGCUGGUGAUCGAAAAACAUCCUUCACGACGAAUUUAACUAGUUAUUUCUUCAACCUGUUGAAACCAUACACGACAUAUAAAGUUGGUGUUGCAGCUUUCAACAGUAUUGGUGUUGGUCCGUCUUCACCUUUAAUUGUUGUCAUGACAAAGACAGAUUUACCUGGAAAAGUAAGAAAUAUUGUUGUGACUCCGAUCAACGAAUCGUUUAUUAACUUGUCGUGGAAUGAACCGAUUAUAAAAAAUGGUGUGAUUACAGGUUAUAAAAUUUUUCUCAACAAUACAAUAACUCAAGAACUAAUCAUACUUGCUUCAACAAAAACAAACAUGUUGAUUGGUAACUUGUCAUACAAUGUCACUUACGCUGUUUACGUCAGUGCGACCACGUCAGCUGGUAUUGGAAGUCAACAGGAUAAUGUGGUAACAUUCAGAACAGGAUUAGCACCAACAUUGAUAACAACAGUCACAGUGCCACUUGCAUCCACUUCAAGUUGGUUAGAACGAGAAUACAUGAUCGUUAUUAUCGCCAUUUCUGCUUUCGCUUUCUUUGUUCUUAUGAUUUUAUUCGCUGUAAUGGUUUCAAAAUGUUCAUGCGAAAAGAAAGAAAAGGACAAUAAAGCUGAAUUAAGCAGUGGUUGGGAACUAAACCCAUAUUACGAUAACGAUGGAUCGAUGCAAAAAAGAGGUCCGAGUAAUUCGACACCGCCCACAAUUCAAUAUCGUGAUUUCCGUGAUGAUUUUAUAUGGGACGAAGAUAGUUUUGGACAUUCAAGUAUUGAGCCUGAUUAUGCGGUUGCUAUAACACCAGUUAUAAAUUAUGCAAGCGUUGAACCGUAUCAAGGUCAGAGGGUUGAACUGUCGCCAUUGGUUAAAUUAAAAGGUGUGCCAAAGAAGCGCAAACUUAGCUAUGCUACGCCUGUACAUGACCAUCCUUUAAACGAUAAAGCCCUUGUUCCACCAGCGCUUUGCUACAGCAAUCCUGUCACUGAAUCAGAUUAUCAAGGCUCUGGUGGUGACUUUCCGCGGCCGCCAUCUUUAUCCAACCUCGAUCUAAUUGAUGCGCUCAUUGAGAGCGAGUUGGGCGUUGAUUCUAAAAAGACCGAGAACGUCGACUACCCAGACGAUUUAUUUGAACGGCUUGGUGAAUUUGAAUCAAUCGAUUUAAAUAACUGUAUUUUAUAAUUUUUAACCUCUAAAGACUUCUAAAUGUUUGCUAGUGCCCAGGGUUUUUACCUUUUUGGUAUGAGAGAUGACGUCGUUUUACUCGCCUUCUCUCAUAUUAAAAAGACAAAACCCUGGGACGAAGGUGCAUUCGUAACUUGUUGGACAAUACGUUAGUUGCCAGUGCGCCAUCUUGUCUUGUGAGUCCUAGAGUAGAAAAACUAAAAGUAUGUACGAAUUAAUAUUUUUUUGUAAGAGGAAGUCCUAGCAUAAGAACUUGUAUAAGUUUGUAUAUAAGCCAAGGUGUGUUUAGGUUUUUACUGCAAUUCUUUUAUUACUAUCUUUUAAUGCUUUGCAACAAAUUUAUAUAUAAGCUUUAGUUAAUUUAUAUUAGAAGGUUUUCUAAAGAAAUAAGAGUACAAGGAGAACCUUUUAUUGUUGUACAACAUCGUUAACAGGCCACUUUGCUUUUACGGAUAUACUUUUAUCGUGUCAUACUGUGUAACGUGUUGUGUUUGCAGCUUUUUAAAUGCUUCAAAUUCAACUUCACGCUAUGUCUAGACCUUUUCCUUGUAACUGUGUACGUAAGAAGCUAUUUAUGGAAAACAACUUAUAAAUUAGGGAGGGCGAUGGGUGAUCCUGAGAACUUUGAAUCAGGUAAAAAAAACUUGCAGACUUCUCGUAAUAUAUCAGACAUGGUAAAUACGCUGCGAUCAAGCAUUGUUGUGGACUGGUAACUAGGUUAAAUAUAAACAUAAUUUUUUUAGGAAUUUGUACAUUUGUAGCUUUUUUAUAUGAAGGAUUUUUAAUUUAUAUAAGAAUUGUAUUAUGUGUAUUUUGAAUAUAUUAUCCAUAAUAAACAA